AACGACGAAAGAGCCAUGCCCGUGUUGUGGCAUCAAUCAUUCUUGGUAUUUGCGCAAAGAUAUAAGCAGGAUCUUACGCCCGAGCAAAAAGACGCCCUUCUCGGAGUGAUGAAAGCAAAAACGCAUGAACUCAUCACGCCCGAAAUCCGUCGGGAAAUAGUUAAUUCCGUCGCCCGCGGGGAGAUCAUGGACACAGAGAUGAUGGAGCUUUAA